AUGGCAUCCGUAGAGCGAGACGACACAGGUCGACGAACAGCUCUAGUUGCCUAUGGCUCAGAGACUGGAAACUCCCAGGAUGUAGCCGAGGAAAUUGGUCGUGUGAUGGAGCGUCUGUACUUCAAGACAAGAGUAGCUGAACUUGAUGCCCUCCAGUCAAAAGACCUAUACGAUUAUCAGUUCACCAUCUUCGUGGUGCCAACUACAGGGCAGGGUGAUUUCCCCGCCAACGGACGCAAGUUCUGGCGGUCUUUGCUCCUGAAGAAACUCCCGCCUACAUUCUUGCAGGGAAUUGAUUUCGCCCUCUUUGGGCUCGGUGACAGUUCAUAUCCAAAGUUCAACUGGGCGUCUCGGAAGCUGUAUAGGAGACUGCUACAGCUUGGUGCAAAUGAAUUAUACCCCCGCGGGGAAGCAGACGAGCAGCACCCAGAAGGGCUUGAGGGGACUUUCCUGCCCUGGUCGCUGGACUUGCGGAAACACCUCCUUGAUAGAUUCCCCCUGAAAGACGGGCAACACCCAAUACCAGACGACAUCCGUCUCCCGCCUAAAUGGGUUCUUGCAUGCCAUGGAGAAAAGGACGAAAUAGAUACGAUGACACAAGAGAAUGGGGUACCUAACACGAAAGAGCUAUUGAGAGACCACGACUUCCACCCUCUGAACCACGAUACCCGGCCACUCCCUGACUCUAUUUCGGCGACUCUCAUAUCGAAUGAUCGGAUGACACCGGCCAAACAUUGGCAAGACGUCCGUCAUCUCGUUUUAACGGCCACCGAAUCCAUCCCAUAUGUGCCCGGUGACAUACUUCACAUUACCCCUAGAAACUUCCCCCAGGAUGUCGAUAGGCUCAUAGCGCUUAUGGGCUGGGAAAGCGAAGCUGACGUGCCUCUGCAGUUUGUCACCGGGGAUGGCUCUCCUCCGUCAACCUCCAUCUCUGCACCAUCCAUUCCAUUCUUACUUACUCUCCCCGGUUUCACCCUCCGCGUGCUACUCACAGAUUACCUAGAUAUCAUGGCCAUUCCUAGACGGUCCUUCUUCAGCCAAGUUGCUCAUUUCACAAGUGACGACAUGCAUAAAGAGCGUCUCCUAGAGUUCACAAACCCGGAAUACAUCGACGAGUUCUAUGACUAUGCCACUCGUCCGAGACGAAGCAUACUUGAGGUUUUGAAUGAGUUUGACACCAUCAAGAUUCCGUGGCAGUUGGCAUGCAACGUUCUGCCAGUCCUUCGGGGGAGACAGUUUAGUCUAGCGAGUGGCGGAAAACUGAAGACGUCGCCGGAUGGCGGCACAAGAUUCGAGCUGCUGGUGGCUAUAGUCAAGUACCAGACUGUGAUAAAACGAAUUCGCGAGGGCGUGUGCACACGGUACCUAGCUGCGUUGCAACCGGGCAGCACACUCCGGGUUCAAGUGCAGAAGGGAGGACUCAAGUCAUCGGCAAGACAGCUUUCUGACCCUGCCGUACUCAUUGGCCCAGGGACGGGCGUUGCGCCUAUCCGCUCGCUGCUCUGGGAAAAGGCAGCCAUAGCGGCAGAGUUUAGGAGACUACAUGGCUCCGAUAAACCAUUACCCCUGGGACCGGUGAUACUGCUCUAUGGCGGCCGUAAUCGGUCAGCAGACUACUUCUUCGAAGCCGAGUGGGAGGAACUGAAAGCCCAGUUCGACCUAACCAUCAUCACGGCCUUUUCCCGAGACCAGAAGAAGAAGUUCUACGUCCAGGAUGCGCUACGCGAGAAUGCAGCGGUCUUCUACGACCUGCUACACGCGAAGGGAGGGUCCGUGUUUGUCUGCGGGUCGUCUGGCAGGAUGCCCCAGGCCAUUCGCGAGGCGUUGAUCGAGACCUUUCAGGCUCCGCUGGGUGAUUCUGCGGAGAGUAGACAGGCGGCGGAGAAGUACCUGAUAGAUAUGGAGAGGGUUGGACGUAGCUACUUCGAGGUGAGGAGGGCUAAGCCGAACUUCGGCCGCGCCGCCCGAAAGCCAAGGGAAGAACCGGAAAGUUGCUGCGUCUUGGCGCUGUUGCACCAGAAAAGGCCGAACGAGCAUCGCCAGCCUCGAUACCACCGACGAGACACACGAGACACACGAGAUACACACCUGGACUUCCCGAAGACGACCCCGGAGCAAGUGCAGACACUCACAAUGGCCAAUGCAUUGCGGAUAUUAGUGCCCGUCAAGAGGGUUCUUGACUAUACCCUUAAACCCCGCAUCGGCAAGACCCAGACAAGCGUCGAUAUAACUGGCAUGCGACAGGCGAUGAACCCGUUCGACGAGCUUUCAAUGGAAGAAGCCGCCCGCCUACGACGAGACCAGAAGUCGCCCAUGAAGGUCUCCGAGGUCCUGGCCGUCUCUGCCGGCGGGCCCAAGACCGUCGACGUCCUCCGAACCGCCCUCGCCCUGGGCGCGGAUCGAGCCAUGCACGUCGAGGUCCCCGACGCAAAGGACGGAUACUACUCCGGCCUCGAGCCACUGACGGUGGCCAAGAUGCUCAAGGGUGUCGUCGAGAAGGAGAAGAUCAACCUCGUCUUCCUCGGCAAGCAGGCGAUCGAUGGCGACCACGGACAGACGGGACAGAUGCUUGCCGGCCUGCUGGGCUGGUCUCAGGCCACACAGGCGAGCAAGGUGACGGUCAAGGACGAGGCUGGCACCGUUGAAGUGACGAGGGAGGUCGACGGCGGUGUAGAGACGCUGGAGUCGAAGCUGCCGAUGGUCAUCACGACCGACCUGCGACUGAACACGCCCAAGUUCGCUACGCUUCCCAACCUGAUGAAGGCGAAGAAGAAGCCGAUCGAGAAGGCGUCUCUGGCCGACUUUGGCCUGGACGAGUCGAGGCGGCUGAACACCGUCAAAGUUACUGAACCACCGACGAGACAGGGAGGUAGCAAGGUCGAGGACGUCGACGGCCUCAUCGCUAAGCUGAAGGACCUUGGAGCCUUGUAA